AUGGCGGAGAUACACAUAAUUGGCGAGCUACGAUCGGCAGCUGACUUUGACGAACCAAACCUCUUCUGUCGCUGGAGUGUCCAGUACGGUUCGAGCUGGAAACUGAUCGAGGGUCACGCCGAGGGGCAGACGUGCUGUAGUACGGCACGAAUCGACCAGCGGUCGGAUUUCUGUACCCCAAUCGACCUACACCUGGCGUGCCGCGGCCUCCAGGGUUGGCCAAAGUUGCAGGUCGAGGUGUACGCCGUAAACGCUCUCCAGCAAUAUUGGCCCGUGGGAUACGGGUUUGCCUUCGUUCCACCCCAUCCCGGUCCCCAGCAGCUUUGCAUUACCACGUGGAAGGUCUCAUCGCCACGUUUGGCCGAUACGUUGCGCGAAAAGUUUCACACCGGCGGUUUCUCGCUGGCCAAGAGCGAUAUCGCGUUUUCCGGUAUCGAGCGCUACAAACUGCUCACGAAAACGGCCGGCACCGUCGAGCUGGAGUUGAUGCUGAUCUUCAAAAACUUCACCGAGUAUGGGGUCGAGCUACGCUAG